UUAAUUCAUGUUUCUUUCUCUCAGGCUGCAGAUUAUAUUAGUGAGGAUUUUACCUUUGGAGAUGAUGAACAGAAACUUGUAAAAACUUUAAGAGUAUCUUGCUGGUUGAAUCAUGCUGCAUGCUGCCUUAAACUAAAUGAUUUCCGGGGAGCGAUAAAGUUAUGUUCAAAGGUAUUAGAUGUUGAGUUCCACAAUGUAAAGUCCUUGUACAGACGGGCACAAGCUUACAUGGAAACAGCAGAUCUGUAUUUGGCAGAAUUGGAUAUCAAGAAAGCCCUUGAGAUUGAUCCUGAGAACAGGGACGUCAAAAAAGUGCAGAAGACAUUGAAGCAGCUUCAGGCUGAGAGCAACAAGAGAGAUGCAAAGCUUUACAAAAACAUUUUUGCACAUAUGAGGAAGGAUGAAACUGUGGUAGCGAAGGUGUAUUCUUAUGCUCUUGUAUUUUGGUUCCAUUUCUUAUGAUGUUCUGGUUUGAAGGACCAACCCUAGGGUUCAUGAUAACUUUGUUGCUAUUUCUAGUACUGCUUUCUCAGGUGGUUGAGGAGAAUUGUGUUGGGAAUCACUGACAGUUUUUUUUUUUUUUGGGGGGGGGGG